AAGACUUUCGAUUUUCUAAAGCCAAAUAACAAUGGCUACCACUAGAUUGUUGCGUUCGUCUAAUAAGCCUUUGGGUCGCAUUUUUGCUCCUUCUUCUUCUUGGCCUUCUUCGUCGGUGAAGAAUGUUAGGUGUGUAAGCAAGGGAGGGUUAGAUGGGGAGAAGAAAGUUUGUGGGAGUAGUGAGAGGAAACCAACGGUGGCUGUGAAGGCGGCUUCUGUGGCAGCAGCCGAGAAUGUGGUCAUAUCAGAGCCACGGGGUGACUGGGGAAAAGAGUUGGCAUCUUCGCUCGCAGUUGCUAUUAAUGCUAUGCGUCAGGUGCUGGUGCUGGUUGUCAAACCAAGACCUUGGAGAUUACAAGUUCAGAUGCUCAUUGAAAAGGUUAUAAUUGAUUCUCGAUUCUUUACCCUAUUUGCUGUUGCCGGAUCAUUACUUGGAUCAGUCCUGUGUUUCAUGGAGGGAUGCUUUCUCAUUCUGGAGUCAUAUUUACAGUAUUUCCAUAACUUAUCACAGAAGUCAGAUCAAGAACAUAUCAUCCAUCUACUGAUAGAAGCCAUAGACAUGUUCUUGGUUGGGACCGCAAUGCUUAUUUUUGGGAUGGGGCUGUACAUCAUGUUUGUGGGAUCAAAGACUAUGAAAGGAGGUGCUCCAUCGCUUCCAAGGUCGAACUUGUUUGGGCUCUUCCCUUUGAAGACACUUCCAGCAUGGGUUGAGAUGAAAUCAGUUUCACAAGCCAAGUCUAAAAUCGGGCAUGCCGUGAUGAUGAUACUUCAAGUUGGAGUUUUGGAGAAAUUCAAGAGUAUACCUACUGUUACUAGCUUGGAUCUUGCUUGUUUUGCCGGGGCUGUAUUUGUUUCCUCAGCAUGUAUAUUCCUUCUCUCGAGGCUUUCAGCUGGCGGUAGCUAGCAUGGGAUAGAUAGGGAGCCGAGAAGUUUACAUACUGAUACGUACUGAUACUUAUACCAGAAAGAAGAUUGAGUAGAAGAAGAAGAAGAAGAGAAAAGCCCUUUCAUUCUUUUGCUUAUUAAUUCUUUUUGAUUCAUCACUGAUAUAUACAUAGUUGUAUAGACGCAAUGCUUUCAAUUAGAUAAGAGAAAAACAAAGAAUACCUUAA